AUGGGGGUUAGCGACGAUUUUGCCCCGAGCUUCACCCAGAAGCCGCAGCUGAGACAGGAGGAUGAUGGUAACAAGCUGGUCUUCGAGUGCCAACUCCUGGCCUCACCGAAGCCAGAAAUCUGUUGGUACCGCAGCGAUGAACUGCUUAAAGAGGACAAUAGGACACAGUUUAAGAUCCAAAGCAUCGCCAACAACAAGUUCUUGGUGGUGUUGGAGCUAGAUGACGUCAUCGAGACGGACGCGGGGUUGUACAAGGUCAAGGCUAAGAAUAAGAUGGGCGAGGUGGCCGCAUCCAUCAAUCUUAACUUCAGCCCCGCUGACGAAGAUAGACAAAAACAAAUAGACGGUAAAGCGCCCACGUUCGCGCGUAAGCCUGCAAUAAGACAAGAAGAUGACGGUAAGAGACUGAUCUUCGAGUGUCGUAUUGAAGCUGAGCCUGUACCCAGUGUGGCUUGGUUUCACAACACAUUGGAAGUCAAACACAGUCCGAGACAUAAGUUGACAGUAAGUAAGGAAGGGAAGUCUUACUACGCUUCGUUGGAAAUAAAUAAUGUAACAGUGGAAGACGCUGGCAAGUAUCGAGUGACUGCGAAAAAUGAACUCGGCGAAAGCAACGCUACUAUCAGUUUGAACUUCGACAGCGAUGAAGCGCCCGUGCCUGAAGAUUUUAUCAAACCCACUUUUACGGAGAGACCAGUCAUCAGGCAAUCGGAAGAUGGUACCAAAAUUACAUUCGAAUGUAGAUGUGUUGGCAAACCGAAACCAACCCUUACAUGGUACCAUGGUAAGAAAUUAAUUAAAGAAAGCAGUAGAUAUAAAAUAUCACUAGAAGAAGAUCAAUCACUGUAUCAUAUGGCGCGAUUGGAGAUCAUUGGGGUAGAAAAUACCGAUAAAGGAGAAUACAGGGCUGUAGCUAAAAACAAACACGGCGAAGGCGUUGCAAAAAUAAACUUAAACUUUCAGGGUGGGGACAAACCAAAAAUCCCGGAUGGUAAAGCUCCGCGAUUCCCUAAGAAACCAACAAUUAGACAAGAGGGGGAUAUUUUAAUAAUGGAGUGCGUACUUGAAGCGCAUCCAGUACCAGAUAUUACAUGGUUUCACGGAGAUAAAGAAAUUAGGGACGGUGCUAAAAUGAAAAUGUCUCGAAAAGCUAUCGGAAAGGACACAUUUAAUCUCACUCUUGAAAUUUUGAGUCCAACUAAGGAAGAUGGCGGGAACUAUAGAUGUAACGCUUUUAACGUGUUUGGGGAGAGCAAUGCUAAUAUUGCUCUUAACUUCCAAGGUGGGGAUGAUGAAAAUGGUUUUGCACCAUCAUUUAUUGAAAAACCUCGAAUCAUUCCCAACGAAGAUGGCACACUCAUCACAAUGCGAUGCGUGUGUAAAGCUAAGCCGGCGGCUGAAGUAACGUGGUACAGAGGCACGACCGUUAUUAAGGCUAGCAGUAAAAUCGAAAUUAAAUCAUCAGUCAUAAGUGAAGACGUUUAUGAAUUGAUACUGCUCUUAUCAAAUCCGACUGCAGCGGAUGGUGGCGCUUACCGCUGUCAUGUCAAGAACGAAUUUGGCGAGAGCAAUGCUAAUCUAAACUUAAAUAUUGAAGCUGAACCAGAACCCGAAGGCGAGGGACCAACAUUUAUUGAAAAGCCUACAAUUCAGUCUAAAGAAAAUGGCAAACUUGUUAUAAUGGGUUGUAAAGUUAAAGCUAGCCCGAGACCAACGAUCGUCUGGUACCACGAGGGUAAAGAAGUUAGGGACUCCUCAAAAAUAAAAACCAGAGUCGAAGUACAUGAAGACGUUUAUACAAUAAUUUUGGAACUUAUCGAUCCCGGUCUAGAAGAUUCUGGAUUGUAUAAAUGCAAUAUUAAAAAUGAACUUGGAGAGCUCAACGCAAAUCUAACGCUCAAUAUUGAAAUCAUUCCAGUUAUUAAAGAGAAACCAAAGAUCAUUAGGAUAGUUAAAAAGAAAACAGUAAUUGUUGAAUGUAAAGUAUUAAGUAAAUUUGCACCUUCUUGCACAUGGUUCAAAGAGGCAAGUGCAGUCAAAGAAGAUUCUAGGCAUACAGUUUUGAUUGAACCAGUUAGAGAAGGCGAAUUCGCAGUCAAGUUAGAGAUAUCUAACGUAUCUCAGAACGACAAAGGUUCUUACAAACUGGUUGCUAAGAACGAAAAAGGUGAAGCUACUUCCCAAAUGGUCGAAAUUACUGAAAUACCCGAAGAGAAGGGUGAAAAGCCUCAAAUUAUAAAACAUCUUAGAAGCCUGGCUAAGAAAGAAAACGAUGAGGCAGAAUUUGUAGCAGUACUUAAAACAUCUGACCAGUCAUGUAGAUGUACUUGGUACAAAAAUUCGACCGUUAUAAGAGAGUCUUCGGAAGUUAAUACAUCGUUUGAUGGAACUAACGCACGCAUGAUUAUCAGAAAAGUUUCUUCUAAAUAUGUAGCUAAUUACAGAGUAGUUAUCAAAAACGAAUUUGGUGAAGAUGAAUCCAGUGCUGAUUUAACACUAAUUGAGGAAAAGAAAAAGAAAAAAGAGGAAGAUGAGGAAGAAACUACUGUUAUUGAAGAAUCUGAAGAGGAAAUGUCAAUCGUAGAAGAAAAAUCUGUCAUUGAAGAAAAUCACAUUGAUGAGAAAAAGAAAGAAAUUCAAAAAGAAGAAGAAGAAAUAGAAGACGAAGAAAUGACUAUGAAGAAAAAAUCAUCUGCUAAAAAGGUAUCAAAGAAAGAAGAAGUAAAAAUAGAAAAGAAACAAGAAGAAAUUGAAAUCGAGGCUCAAAAGACCGAAGUAAAAGCAGAAGCUAAGAAAACAGAAACCAAAAUUGACGCAAAGAAAGUCCAAGAACAAAAAACCACUGAAACCGAAGACGCUAGGAAAAUUCUUGAAAAGAAAACAGCAAAAACAGAAGAAGAGAAAAAAGCUCUUCUUGAAAAGUUGGAAAAGAAAAAGGUUGAAAAGGCACCAGAGCCCGAGGCCAAACUUGAAGGAAUACCAAAACUCAAACCUGUUAAGCCUAAAGAAGAACCUAAGGUUGAAGAAGAAAAGAAAGAAACCAAAAAGACUGGAGAAAAGAAAAAAGUUGUCAAGACGAAGGUCACCAAAAAGAAGGAAGACGACGAACUCGAGUUUGUUGACGAUUACGAGCGUCCCGUUUUGGAGAAAUACGAACGAAUUACACCAACACCACUAGAAAAGAAACCCAAAGUUAAUGACACAUUAAAGUCAAAACGCGCAUCACUGUCUGAAAGUGUUAAAAGUGAACCAGAAGUAAGUGAUGAAGAGCCUUCUAUUGCUGCUCCAGUUUCAGAGAAAAAAGCUAAACCUGAGCCAGAGAAGGUUGAAGAAGAAAAGAGGCGUUUAAGUAUUAAAAAGGGUAUGCCCAAACCUGAGGAACCAGCUGAUGAAAUAUCACAGCCAAAACUAUCUAAAAUUCCAACAAAACCUGUCGAGGAAAAGGUUGAAGAGCCACAGGUUGCACAAAGUAAAAAACCCUUGAGAAAGCCUGAGGAACAAAAAGAGUUUGUCGAUGAUUACGAACGACCAGAUUUGGAAAAAUAUGAUAAAAUCAGUCCCAGUUCCACAGAGAGGACAAAGAAACAAAAUGGGGUGAAAGAGGAUUCAUCUGAAUUUAUUGACGAUUAUGAAAAGCCAGAACUUGAAAAGUAUGAAAAAAUAACUCCCACACCAAAAGAUAAACGUCGAGUUAGUGAUACACAGGAUGAAACUGACGCGAUGAAGGGUAAAAUUAAGCCUAAGGAAAAAGAUGAAGAACCUGUUUUCCCGACUUUGAAAAAAGUAUCUGUUCCUAAAGAUAAGGAGGAGGAGAAAAAACCAGAUGAAAAACCAAAGGCAAAACCUACUAAGAAAGAUGACGCUAAACCUAAAAAACGCCCAUCUCUUAAAGAAAAGGAGGUUGUUGAGGACGAGUUUGUUGAUGAUUACGAGAGACCUGUUCUCGAGAAAUACGAAAAAAUAACGCCAACUCCUACAGAGAAAAAGAAGAAGGAGGACAAAAAACCAGAAGAACAAACACCAUCCGCAACAAUUUCGAGGAGACGUUCAGUUAAAGACAAAGAUAAAUCUGAGCCUAUGGACGUUGACGAAAAUGUUAGCCUCGCUAAACCAAAAGCUCCAGUAAAACCAAGUCAAGAGCCUGAAGACGUUUCACUCACACAUAAAACACCAACCGAAAUCAAACCUACGGAGGGUGAAGCUGAGGCUCAACUUAAAGUUAAGAAACCAGAGAUUGUCGAAGAAAAGACAAUCAAACGACCUUCACCUAAAGACAAAGACACUAAGGGCGAGGAUACUGAAGAAUCUGUCAGUGUUUCAAAACCAAAAACUAAAACGAGCACAACUGCCCCUGAAGAGGCUUCAUUGACACAAAAGACACCAGCCCAGAAAAAGCCCACGGAGGGAACUGAGGCAGCACAGCUUAAGGUUAAAAAGCCAGCUGUUGUCAAAAAGGGAACGAAGGAAGCUAAAGAACCUAAAGACGAUAAAGAGGCACCCCUUUUGAUCAAAGGAGGUAAAUUUGAACUACCACAACUAAAGAAAACAACAAAGAAGACACCAGAAAAGCCUAAAAAGGCUACUUCCGAAAUAAGGGAAACCUCGGAUGGGUAUGAAUUGGACUUCGUGGAUGACUACGAAAGACCUGUUCUUGAAAAAUAUGAAAAGAUUACUCCUACACCGACUGUGAGGGACAAAAAGGAAAAAGAAAUUGCUAAGGUCGACAGCAGAAGAACAUCGGUUCAAAGCGUUCAAAGCGAGUUCACAAAAGAAACUGCUGAGAGCAGAAAGUCUUCGGUGGCAUCAAUAUCUGAACAAGAACAAGUUUCUCAAUUCAAAAAGUCUGCUCUCAAGGACAACGAUAAGGAAAUAGAAGAAAAUAAUACACCAGAAUUAAAAAAACCUAAAGAGCAGGACUAUCCUUGGCGACCUUCAAAACAAGACACACAGGAAACCUCUGAAAAGACGCAACCGAAACGUAGCAUUAGUCUAGAUCAACCGAAAUCUAAAAAAGUCAGCAAACCAAGACGCCGACAUAGUAAAACUGAGGAUCAAGAAGAAUCUGAUAACGAUAUAAUAGAUCGUACCGAAAUUAAAGAAAAUGUCCCCGUAGAUCGUCCCGACAAACGCCGUACAAGUAAUAUUGAUGAGGACAUUAAAGCUGAAAAAGUUAAAGACGAAUCCAAAGUACAAAUAAAUAUUCGGGAUGAUGGACCUAUAAAAACGGAUAGAGAUAUACCUGACAAACUAGAAUCUCAACCAACAAACAAAGAACCAAUUCGUCGUAGAUCAAUGAAGGAUAAUAUAAAUGAACCGUCCAAAAAACCUGAAUCAACGAGACUUGAUACUCAGCCAAUGAGUAAAGAUCAAGAUAAACAGGGUCAGAUUUCUGUCGAGGAGGUUCCAAAUAAACACCAGGUAGAUACUAGUGAUAUUCCUAAAAAUAAAUUACCAGAAGAUAAAUUACCAUUAAAACAAACGAAUGAAGAAGUUUAUCCUUGGCGUCGUCCAAGUAAAUCAAACGAGGAAUCUGAAGAAAUAAAACAGUCUAUCACAACUCCACAAACACAGACACAAGACACUUUAUAUCCGUGGAGAAAACCAAAAGAGGUACCAAUUCUUAUCACACCAGAACCCGAAACUAGUCCUAACGAAGUACCAUUUUCAUGGGACGUCAUCCCUGAAAUACCACAGGCGGAACAACAAUCAGAAUUACAGGACAAAAUUUUACCUACACUACAAAACACACAAGACACCACUGUACCAUGGAGAAGAUCUAGAUCUCCCCAGGCUGAAACCGAGGGCAAAGAGGAGAAAAAAUCCGAUCUCUUAGAAACUCCACAACCUUUAGGCAGCAAACCUCAACCAAACGAGAAAGUCGCUGUUAAAGAAGAAACAGUAGAAGCAGAAGCUAAGAAAGCAAAGGUCACAACUACAAGGAAAAAGGCUGAAGAAUUACCUGAAAUACCCGACUAUGAAAGGCCAGAACUUGAGAAAUAUGAAAAAAUAUCUCCUACACCAACAGUUCGAGAAAAGGCAGAAAAAGACAAACCGGCUGAAAAACCAAAGGUGCCUGAAAUUAAGGCACCUGAAGAGAAACCAGCGACACCUAAGAUCGAGGUUGUACGGGAUAAGUCUCCGAAACCAGAGGCAGGAAGGAAACCUUCAUUGUCACCAGCCCCUCCUGGCAGGAGAGGUUCCCUUAUCCCUCCUCCAGAGGAGAUGGGAAGACGUCCUUCACUAAUUAUCAGCGACGAGCGAAGAAAAUCUGGUGAUGCAAGACGGCCAUCAGUUCAGGAUUUGGAAGAUUUGAUCAACAAACCUUCGAUACCAUUAAAGCCUAUUGGUGACAAAGAGGGACCACCACAAAUCGUUGACGUACAAGAAAGCAAUUCUGCUGUUGAAGAUCAAACUGGUUACCUAACUAUUCAAGUGGAAGGUAACCCAGCCCCGACCUUCAAAUUCUACAAGGGUGUUACUGAAAUUAUCGAGGGUGGCAGAUUUAAAUACAUCACAGACGGUGAAACCGGUCUUAUUACAUUAUGUAUGAGAAAAGUCAAACCCAAUGAUGAAGGAAGAUACAAAGUUGUCGUUAGCAACAUCCAUGGCGAAGAUUCAGCAGAAAUGCAGUUAUAUGUGUCUGAUGCCAGUGGUAUGGACUUCCGCGCUAUGCUCAAGAGAAGGAAAUACGCGAAAUGGGGUGAAAAGAAGGACGACCCAGAUUGGGGUGACUUGAAAGAAGUCGAGAAACAAAUCCCACCUCUUAAGAAAGUUGAAAAGAAACAAGAGUCGUUCUUGAAACCCCUCGUAGAUCAAAAUGCAAAGGAAGGAAAAGAUAAGAAGGUUGUGUUUGAGGCAAUUUUCACAAAACCAAAUGCCAAACCAAAAUGGUUCUUCCGUAAAGAUGAACUAUUCCCUGGAUCAAAAUACAAGAUGACGAACGAACAAGAUUCUUACAGACUGACUAUUAUGAAUCCUAAAGUCGAAGAUACGGGUAAAAUAACGAUUGAAAUCGGAGGUAUCACAAGCACUGCUUUCCUACAAGUUGAAGAGCCCGAUCCUACAUACAACUUCACUAAACACCUAAAGAAGACUCUCACUGGCUACACUAAACACGAAGUCGUGUUGGAAUGUGCAGUUUCAAACAGUUUAGCCAUCGUGUCUUGGUGGAAAGGAGAAACGAAACUGGAAGAUGGUGAAGAAUUCCAGAUUUCUAAGGACCUUUCGGGUGUUUGCAGACUGAUAAUUAAAAAAGCGAAAUUCGAAGAUGCUGGGAAAUAUUCCUGUAAGAUCGAGAAGCAAACGGACAAGACGAAUUGCGAACUGAAAAUUAUCGAUUACCCCUACAAAUUCACCAAGGUACUUAAGUCUCAACAAGCAAUUGAAAAGGAUACCAUUACUUUACUCUGCGAGCUUGAUGAUGCUGCAGGCGACGUAAAAUGGUUUAAGAAUGACCAGCCUCUUAAAACGGAUAAACGUGUCACCAUUGUAAAAGAAGGUCGCAAGCGAAAAGUGGUUAUUAAAGAUGCUAAGGUAACCGAUGCCGGCAACUUUAAGUGUGUAAGCAACGCAGACGAAACCACUUGCGAAUUGAUCGUCAAUUACUCAAAUCGCUUCAACAAGAAGUUGAAGGACACAGAAGCAAUUGAGAGAGAUAAAGUUGUGCUCGAAGUUGAAUUACAAGAUCAAACGGCUGAAGCUGUUUGGUCUUUCAACGGAGUUCCUAUUGUGCCGAAUGAAAGGAUUGAAAUCAAAAAUUUGGGUGGUGGAAAACAUCAACUCAUUUUCAACAAGAUAGAAAUGGAAGAUGACGGCGAGAUUCUCUGUGAAUCCGGCAAACUAAGCUCUUCAUGUAAACUGUCUGUUAAGAAGGGUGAAUCAAAACCACAAAUUGAAUGUCCAGAUGAGUUCAACGGACCCGCUGGACAUCCAUUCGUUAUCGAAGUGCCUUACAAAAUUUCCGGAACACGCCAAACACCAAUCGAAGCUAAGCUAUUUAAGGAUGGUAAACCACUACCAAACAAAGAAAUUGAAGCAGUAGUUGAGCAAGAAAAGGUUCUAUUCAAAAUUAAGAAACCGACCAGAGAAGGUUCUGGUAAAUAUGAGAUUAAACUCUCCAAUGCUCAAGGCGAGGAUUCCAAGGAAGUUAAUAUUAUUAUGCAAAGUGCACCAUCCGUACCUCAAAAUGUUGAGGUAGUUGAGGUGUUCCAGACCAACUGCACUGUCACAUGGAAAACACCGCAAGAUGAUGGUGGUUCACCUAUUCUUAAAUAUAUUAUUGAAAGACAGGACUUAUCACUUAAAGCAGCGUGGGAUAACGUGGGUGAAGUGGCUUAUGGAGAGCCUACAAAAUAUAAAGUUGAGGACCUCAUCCCUAAGAAAACAUACAAGUUCAGAAUUCGAGCAGUUAAUAAGAUCGGUUCCAGUGAACCUGGACUUUUCGCUAAACCUGUAUUGGCUAAAGAUCCUUGGGAUGAGCCAUCCAAACCAAAGUCAUUGGAACUCACAGAUUGGGACAAAGAUCAUGCAGAUCUUAAAUGGCAAAAGCCAGAUAACGAUGGUGGUGCACCAAUUACGGGAUAUGUUGUUGAAUAUAAGGAAAAAUUCGGCAAAGACUGGGUACAGGGUGUGGAAGUCGAUGGUGAGACAUUAUCUGCAACUCAAUUUGGCCUAAAAGAAGGUUCCACAUAUGAGUUUAGGGUUCGGGCUAUUAACAAAGCAGGACCGGGAGAACCUAGUGACAGUACUAAGCCUAUUGUUGCUAAAUGCAGAUUUGUUAAACCAUACAUUAUUGGUGAAGGAGUACAAAGUAUCAUUAUCAAAAAAGGACAGGUUAUUUCCUUUGACAUCAAAUACGGCGGUGAACCCGAACCAGAAGUUAAAUGGUUCUUGGGCGAAGAGAAACGUGGAAAGGCGUACACGGAGAAGGAAAUUCGUGACGAUGGAGACCGUAUCACUAUUGACAAGUACGAGAGGAAUACAGUUUUGACUGUCAGAAGAACAACAAGACCUGAUAGUGGAAAAUACAAGCUUGUACUUACCAACUCUUCAGGCACAUGUGAAAGUGUUGGAGAUGUUGUUGUAUUAGACAAACCAAAUCGUCCAAACGGUCCUAUUGAAGUAACGGACAUACGUGCCGAAAAGGCGACAGUGAAAUGGCAGAAACCAGACGAUUUCAAGGGAUCCGACAUCACUGGAUAUACCUUGGAAAAGAUGGAUAUGGACACUGGCAACUGGGUACCGUGCGGUGAAUGUGGUCCAGAUCCCACCGAAUUUACCGUUAAAGGUCUUACGCCAAACCACAAGUAUAAGUUCAGGGUUCGCGCCGUUAACAAAGAGGGUGAAUCCGAACCAUUGGAAACCGAUGGUUUCAUCGUUGCCAAGAAUCCUUACGAUCCACCGAAGGCUCCUGGCAAACCAACGAUCAUUGACUACGACAACAUGUCAGUUACGUUACAAUGGGAACCUCCCAGUGAUAACGGCGGCCGGCCAGUGCUGGGUUAUGUCAUAGAAAUGAAGGACAAAUUCACAGCUACAUGGGUUGAGGUUCUGAAAACAGAAGACAUCAAAACAGAGGCGAAGGUUGAAGGUCUGAAAGAGAAAAUGAUUUAUCAGUUCCGUGUGAAAGCUUACAAUAAGGCUGGUAUUGGUGAUGCCUCUGAACCCACUGAGAACCAUCUGUGCAAGCACAGGAACUUGAAACCACGCAUCGAACGCAGCACCUUCAAAUCCGUCAUCAUCAAGGCUGGCAGAACACACAAAUGGUCUGUUGACGUCAUUGGAGAACCUCCGCCGGAAACCACUUGGUCAUGGCGUGAAAAUAUUAAACUAGUGAACACAGAAAGGAUUAAAAUCGAGAAUGUCGAUUACCACACCGACUUCACGAUUACUAACGCGGUACGUCGCGACACUGGCAAGUACACGCUGAGGGCUGAAAACUGCAAUGGUUUUGACGUGGAAACCGUUGAGUUAACCGUGCUUAGCAAACCAAGCUCUCCUAAAGGUCCAUUGGAAGUGACAGAUAUACACGCAGAAGGCUGCAAGGUCAAGUGGGAGAAGCCAGAAGAUGAUGGUGGCUCACCGAUUAAAGAAUAUGAGCUGGAAAAAAUGGAUCUGGCUACCGGCAAAUGGGUCAGGGUUGGAAGAGUGGCUGGAGAUAAGAAGCCGCUGGAAUUAGAAGUGACAGGUCUUGAACCAGGUCACCAGUACAAGUUUAGAGUUACAGCUGUAAAUGACGAAGGUGACUCUGAACCUUUGGAGACUGAAAAGGCUAUACUCGCAAAGAAUCCGUUCGAUGUAUCCGACAAGCCUGGUAAUGUACGCGUGGCAGACCACGACAACCAAAGUGCCACAGUUGCUUGGGAGCCACCAGCGUCAGAUGGUGGUGCGCCAGUUCUUAAAUACGUCAUCCAGAAAAGACCUAAGGGUGGAGAUUGGGAGAACGCUGGCGAGGUUCCUGGUAGCGCUACUAGUGCUAAGGUAGAUGGAUUACCUGAAGGUAGCGAGUAUGAAUUCCGAGUGAUCGCUGUCAACAAGGCCGGUCAAUCAGAGCCAUCAGAACCAACCAAGAUGACCACAAUCAGACAUAAGGCUUUGAAACCUCGUAUCGAUCGCACAAACCUCAAGGCUCUUGCUGUACGCGCCGGAAAGCCUAUCUUCUUCGACGUGAACGUAAAGGGUGAACCCGCGCCGAAGGUGCAAUGGUUCCGUAAAUGGAAGAACGAAGAAAACGAAGUCACAGAAAACGUCAUCAAUGUGGACUACAACACCAAGUUAGACGUCAAAGAAGCAGUUCGUGCUAUGACAGGCACUUAUAGGAUCCUGGCCACCAACGAACAUGGCAAGGACGAGGCUGAAGUAGAGAUCACUGUACUAUCAGCUCCGGGAAAACCUGGAGGUCCACUCAAAGUUACAGAUGUCACCAAGAACGGGUGCAAACUGGCUUGGAAGAAGCCAGAGGACGAUGGUGGUAAACCAGUAACUGGCUACGUAGUGGAAAAACUAAACAAAGCUACAGGCAGAUGGGUACCUGUUGGCAAGACAGAUGACACUGAAAUGGAAAUCAAAGGCUUGCAGGAGGGAGAAGAAUAUGAAUUUAGAGUCAGGGCUGUCAACGAUGAAGGAGAGUCUGAACCGUUGAAGACGGACCACUCUAUCAUUGCUAAGAAUCCCUAUGACAUACCUGGCAAACCAUCAGUGCCAACUAUCGAAGACUGGGACGUUGAUCGCGUAGACCUUAAAUGGGAGGCACCCAAGAACACAGGAGGAGCACCCAUUACUGGCUACAUAAUUGAGAAGAAAGAUAAGUUUGGACACUGGCAAGAGGCGCUUGUUACAACGACGCCAGAAUGCAAAGCUCGUGUACCAGACCUAAAAGAAGGCAAUACAUACCAGUUCCGUGUGAAAGCUGUCAACAAAGCCGGUCCGGGAGAACCUUCCGAACCAACUCAGCCACAUGUCGCCAAAGCCAGAUUCUUGAAACCAUACAUUAAUCGCGAUAAGAUGGUUGCAAUCAGAGUGCGAGCAGGUACCACUAUCAAACUCGACGUUGACAUCAAGGGUGAACCCCCACCGUCCAAGACCUGGACCUUUGCCAAUAAGGUCAUUGAGACCGGACCAGGAUACAAAUUGGAAAACGAGGAUUACAACACUAAGUUGCAAAUCUUCGAAUCAUCCUGGAAGAAUUCUGGCAUCUACACACUGAAGGCUGUCAAUGACUCCGGAGUAGAUGAAGCCACUGUUGAGAUUACUGUUCUUGAUAAGCCAGGCAAACCAGAAGGACCUCUCGAAGUGUCCGAUGUACACGCAGAGCACGUUAAAUUGUCAUGGAACAAACCCAAGCACACUGGUGGGCUACCACUUAGUGCUUACGUGGUUGAGAAAAUGGAUGUCACCACCGGCAAGUGGACUCCGGCUGGUACUAUUGAUCCUGACGUCACCGAGGCAACUGUUACAGGCCUCGAACCUGGUCACACUUACCAGUUUCGCGUGAAGGCAUUAAAUGAGGAGGGUGAGUCUGAACCAUUGGAGACAGAUCACGGCAUUCUUGCCAAGAACCCUUACGAUGUACCAGCUCCACCUGGUCUACCAGAAAUUGUAGACUGGGAUGAGAAAUCAGCGAAACUUAAAUGGGAACCACCUUAUAGGGAUAAUGGUGCUCCCAUUACUGGAUAUAUUAUCGAAGUUAUGGACAGAGAUAGAGGAGAAUUCGUCAAAGCUGCCGAAGUCCACGGAAACGUCUGCCAAGGAACUGUACCAAAGUUGGAGGAAGGCAAUCAGUACCAAUUCCGUGUACGAGCUCUCAAUAAAGCCGGACAAUCUGAGCCUUCUGAAAACACCAACUGGCAUACUGCUAAACCUAGAUUCUUGAAACCAAGAAUCGACAGGACUAACUUGAACCCUAUCACUGUGAAGGCUGGUCUACCUGUAUCUUUGGACGUCAAAGUCUUUGGAGAGCCGCCAGCCACUGUGACAUGGUACUUCCAAGGCCAAGAGCUCAGCAAUCGAGAGAAUCUUGAGAUCAUCAAUGUAGAUUAUAAUACCAAGUUCCUCAUGAUGAAAACAAAGAGAAUCAACAGUGGAAAAUAUGUAAUUAAAGCAAAGAAUGAAGUGGGAGAAGAUGAGGCUGAAGUGGAGAUUAGCGUGCUUAGCAAGCCAUCCAAACCCAAGGGACCAUUGGAAGUAGCUGAUGUCACCAAGAACAGCUGCAGCUUGUCAUGGCAGAAGCCAGAAGACGACGGCGGAUCGCCCAUUGAAUACUACGAGAUUGAAAAACUUGAUCCUCUCACUGGUCAAUGGUUGCCUUGCGGUACAUCGAAGGAUUGUAAAGCCAACGUGACUGGUCUGCAAGAGGGAAAACCUUAUAAAUUUAGAGUGAAAGCCGUAAAUAAAGAAGGAGAGUCUGAAGAGUUGGAAACAGAAAAGCCUAUUAUUGCCAAGAAUCCAUUUGACGAGCCCGGAAAACCUGGUCGCCCAGAGCCAAGGAACUGGGACAAAGACUUUGUGGAGCUGGAGUGGUCACCACCAAAGGAUGACGGAGGUGCUCCUAUCACCGGCUAUAUAAUACAGAAGAGAGAGAAGGGCGGCAGAACCUGGCAGGACUGUCUCCGCACGUCUGGUGAGCGACCGGUAGGACGCGUUGAGGACGUUGAGGAAGGACAUGAAUACCAGUUCCGAGUGAUAGCUCUUAACAAAGCUGGUCAGAGUGAGCCUAGUGAACCUAGCAAGAACGUGAUUGCUAAACCCAGAUUUUUGGCACCUAAAAUCGAUCGCAAAUACUUGCAAAGUCGCAAAGUCAAGGUGGGCUCCGUACUCAAAUUGGAAGCUGAUGUCAAGGGUGAACCCGAACCGACCAUCACAUGGACCUUUAAGGAUCAGACUCUCAAGUCUCAUGAACGCCUUAAGAUCGAGAAUGUUGAUUACCACACUUCAUUUGUACUGCAAAAGUGUACAAGAGAUGAUGGUGGUAAAUACGUCGUGACGGCUAAGAAUGACUCCGGAACUGAUACUGUUGAGAUUGAUAUAACAGUUGUCAGUAAACCGGCUAAGCCGAAAGGACCUCUGAAGGUAUCCGACGUCAAAGCUGACAGCUGUAAAUUGAAAUGGGAGCCACCAGAAGAUGAUGGUGGUGAACCAGUUGAGAGCUAUGUGGUUGAACGAAUGGAUACAGACUCUGGAAGAUGGGUGCCUGUGUGCACUACAAAGACACCAGAAGCGGAUGUCACUGGAUUGAAUGAGGGCAAAGAUUAUAUGUUUAGAGUCAAGGCUGUUAAUCCUGAGGGCGAGAGUGAACCUCUGGUGACUGAAACUGCUACAACUGCUAAGAAUCCAUAUGGUGAACCUGAUCCACCUGGUAAGCCUGAAUUCAAGGACUGGAGCGCGAACCACGUAGACCUUAAGUGGGAGAAACCUCCUAAUGAUGGUGGGGCUCCUAUUACUGCUUAUAUCGUUGAGAAGAAGGAUCGCGACACUGGAAAAUGGGUUAAAGCAGCGGAUGUUCCCGGCAACAAAACUGAGGCACGUAUCCCAGAUUUGAUAGAAGGAAAGACGUAUCAGUUCCGCGUAAAGGCAGUCAAUAAGGCUGGCCCAGGAAAACCUUCUGCGGCCUCUGAGAGUCUGUUAGCUAAGGAUAGAUUUGCUCCGCCAAAGAUCGACCGCACCAACAUGCGUGAUAUGACACUGAAGGCUGGCCAGAACAUUCGACUUGACGUCAAGGUGUCCGGAGAACCGCCACCAACUAAAACUUGGUUCCAAAACAAAGAGCGUCUUUCCACUCGGGAGGACCUUUCUGUUGAUGUCGAAGACUAUAGAACGAAGCUAUCAGUAGUGGUCGCCAGCCGCAAGCACAGUGGAACUUAUGUUCUAAAGGCUGAGAACAGCAGCGGCAGAGAUGAAGCCACUAUUACAAUUAACGUUCUAGAUGUGCCCGAUAAGCCAGAGGGACCUUUGAAGAUAUCUGAUGUACACAAAGAAGGUUGUACCCUGAAAUGGAACCCACCGCUAGAUGACGGUGGUGCGCCUAUCGAUCAUUACCUUGUUGAGAAAUUAGACACAGAAACCGGCAGAUGGCUUCCAGCACUCAAGACGAAGGAUCCUAAAGCCGAAAUAGAGAAUCUUGUUCCUGGCCAUGAAUACAAGUUCAGAGUAUCCGCAGUUAAUAACGAGGGUGUUUCUGAGCCAUUGGAGGGUGAUCACUCAAUUAUUGCCAAGAAUCCAUUUGAUGAGCCCGGCAAACCUGGAACACCAGAAGUCUUGGACUGGGAUAAGGAUCACGUGGAUCUCAAGUGGUCCAAACCCAUUAAGGAUGGCGGUGCACCCAUCACGGGAUACAUAAUUGAAAAGAGAGAAGUUGGGUCUACCAAGUGGGUUAAAGCCUGUGAGGUUGGUCCUAACGACAAUGAGAAAGCCACAGUUCCAAACCUGGAUGAAGGUACAGAGUAUGAAUUUAGAGUGAAGGCUGUGAACGAAGCAGGCCCCGGUGAACCAAGCGACGCUAGCAAGUCAGUCACUUGCAAGCCAAGAAGAUUGGCUCCAAAGAUCGAUCGUCGCAAUCUUCGACCUAUUAAGGUUCGUGAGGGAGAGCCUAUCGCACUCGAUGUUAAAGUUAGUGGUGAACCUGCCCCUGAAGUCACUUGGUCGCUUAACGGCAAGAGCGUUACUAGUAGCGGCGCACUCAAGUUGGUGAAUGUGCCAUAUCUCAGCAAGUACCAGAAUUCAAGUCCUAGGCGUAAGGAUUCUGGAAUAUACAAGAUUCAGGCCAUCAACAAAUACGGCAGUGAUACUGCAGAAUUGGAUAUUACAGUCACUUCGAAACCAGAAAAGCCCGAAGGUCCGCUAGAGGUGUCCGAUAUCCACAAGGAUGGAUGUACUCUUAAAUGGAAGAGACCUAAGGAUGAUGGUGGCGAACCCAUCGACUGCUACCAGGUUGAGAAGUACGACACAGAAACAGGAACUUGGGUACCCGUUGGCAAAACAAUUGGCAAUGUGCCUGAAAUGGAGGUGGAUGGUCUAAUCCCGGGUCAUGAAUAUAAAUUCCGAGUGAAAGCUAUUAACAAGGAAGGCGAAUCAGAACCCUUGGAGACCUUCGGAUCUAUUGUUGCUAAAGAUCCAUUCACUGUACCUGAAGCUCCAUCAGCCCCAGUGCCAGACGACUGGUCGGCUACACAUGUAGACCUCAAAUGGGAGCCCCCAGUAUCAGACGGUGGCUCUCCUAUUAUUGGAUAUAUUAUUGAAAGGAAAGACAAAUACAGUCCAUUGUGGGAAAAGGCAGUGGAGACACAUACACCCACACCUUCCGCAACUGUUAAUGGUUUAAUCGAAGGUAAUGAGUACCAAUUCCGUGUGAUUGCUAUCAAUAAAGCUGGACAAAGUAAACCUUCGGACGCAAGCAAGAACUUUGUAGCUAAGCCACGAUUCUUGGCUCCUAAGAUAGACAGACGUCAUCUUAGAGAUGUCACAUUAUCUGCUGGGUCCUCGCUUAAACUUGAGGCUGCCAUUACUGGCGAACCUGCUCCGGCAGUUGAAUGGAGGUAUCAGAACAUGCCACUGCGUCCGUCAAAGGCAGUGACUAUUGAUAGCCCUGAUUACUUUACUAAGCUGGCUAUAAGACCAGUUAGGCGAGAUGAUUCUGGGGAAUAUACAGUGACAGCUGUUAACUCAAGCGGCAAAGAUACCGUCACCAUUAAUGUUACUGUCACAGACAAGCCAUCUAAACCCGAAGGUCCCAUGCAGAUAUCCGACGUACACAAGGACGGAUGUACGCUGAAAUGGAAGCGUCCCAAGGAUGAUGGUGGUACUCCUGUGGAAUAUUACCAAGUGGAAAAAAUGGACACGGAGACAGGCUGUUGGGUGCCGUGUGCACGCUCCGAUGAGCCUAAAUGCGAAGUCACCGGUCUAACUCCCGGCAAGGAGUACAAGUUCCGUGUGUGCGCUGUUAACUCGGAGGGAGAGAGUGAACCGCUCGUAUCUGAAGAAGCCAUUGUAGCUAAGAAUCCCUUCGACGAACCUGGCGCACCAGGAACGCCAUCAGUUACAGACUGGGAUAAGGAUCACGUGGACCUUAAAUGGACUCCGCCCAAGGAGGAUGGCGGUGCUCCUAUUGAAGGAUACAUCGUGGAGAAGAAAGACAAAUUCGGCAACUGGGAGAAAGCACUUGAAGUACCUGCUGAUAAAACAUCUUGCACCGUACCGGACCUCGUGGAAGGACAGACUUAUGAAUUCCGCGUCCGUGCUGUGAACAAAGCCGGUCCUGGUGUUCCCAGUGAUAGCACACAUCCCAUCGUUGCUAAGCCUCGAAACAUGGCACCAAAGAUCGACAGAACUAAUCUCAUUGAUAUCAAAAUCAAGGUCGGACAGAAGUUCGGCUUUGAUGUCAAGGUGUCUGGUGAACCUAUGCCUGAAACAAAAUGGUUCCUGGGUAAACGUGAAGUGAAGUCUUCCGGAGACAUGAAAGUGCAACAUUCAGACUACAACACUAAGAUUGCUUGUAAAGCAGCCACAAGGGCUGACAGCGGCCGAUAUACUAUCACCGCCGAGAACGUUAAUGGCAAAGAUGUGGCUGAAGUUGAAGUUAUCGUACUGAGCGUGCCGAGCCCACCGGGAGGACCGCUUAAGGUUUCCGACGUACACGCUAACGGUGCUAAGCUAUCAUGGAACCCUCCGGCAGACGAUGGUGGACAGCCUAUUGAGAAGUACAUUGUUGAACGUAUGGACGAAGCUACAGGUCGCUGGGUACAAGCAGGAGAGACUGACGGCCCUCAAACUAAUCUAGCAGUUGACGGAUUAACGCCUGGUCAUAAAUACAAGUUUAGAGUUCGGGCGGUUAACAGGCAAGGAAAAUCAGAGCCACUAACCACUCCUCACGCUACUGAAGCUAAGAAUCCGUUCGAUGUGGCUAGCAAGCCUGGUACCCCCAAGAUUAAGGACUUCGACAAAGACUUCGUUGAGUUGGAAUGGACCCGACCUGAAUCAGAUGGUGGAGCACCAAUCACAGGAUAUGUCAUCGAAAAGAAAGACCGAUUUGCACCAGAUUGGGAAGAAUGUGCACAGAUUGAAGGUGAUGUUACAUCAGGCAAAGUACCUGAUCUCAUUGAAGGCAACACGUACGAGUUCCGCGUACGCGCUGUUAAUAAAGCUGGAAAAGGUGUUCCUAGUGACAGUACUGCUCCACACGUUGCCAGACCAAAGAACCUGGCGCCAAAGAUCGACAGAAACUUCAUGUUUGAUAUCAAAAUCAAGGUGGGUCAAAACUUCGAGCUCGAUGUACCAGUGGCGGGUGAACCCAUACCUACCAAGGAAUGGCUCCAUGGAGAAAAUAUGGUUCUUAACACCGACAGGAUUAAAGUCGUUAAUGAUGCUCAUUCUACAAAGAUAAGGGUAAUUGACGCUAAACGUGCUGAUACUGGAACCUAUACCCUUAAGGCGAAAAAUAUUAAUGGAACUGAUUCAGCAACUGUUAAGAUUGUAGUAAUGGAUGUACCCUUGCCACCGGAAGGUCCACUAAGGGUGGAUGACAUCACCAAAUCUGGUUGUACACUUAGAUGGAGGCCACCUAAAGAUGAUGGUGGUAGCGAAAUUACUCACUAUGUUGUCGAGAAGAUGGACCAAGAGAAUCUUCGCUGGGUUCCGGCAGGAGAGGUACAAGGUUGCAACAUUCGUAUUGACCAUUUGAUUGAAGGCCAUGAUUACAACUUCCGCGUACGAGCUGUCAAUAGACACGGUGAAUCACAACCCCUCGUAGGAUCAGAACCAAUUACGGCCAAAGACCCCUACGGAACUCCAGAUAAACCUGGCACCCCAGUUGUUAAGGAUUGGGAUAAGGAUCACAUGGACAUAGAAUGGGUUCCGCCAAAGAAGGACGGAGGAUCACCGAUUACGGGUUACGUAAUUGAAGCUAGAAAGAAAUAUGGGCCAUGGGAAUUAGCUGCUACAGUUCCAGGUAACCAGACAACAGCAACUAUUCCUGGCCUCCAGGAAGGAGAAGAAUAUGAAUUUAGGGUCAUUGCAGUUAAUAAAGCUGGAAACGGUGAACCAUCCGAUGCCUCAACACCACAAGUGGCUAAAGCUAGAUUCUGUGCACCUACCUUUGACAAAAUGCUGCUUGCUGAUAAAACAGUCAAAGCUGGUCAAAGAAUACAAUACGAAAUCCCGAUAGAAGCCUCUCCAAAACCGACCGCCGAAUGGCAAAUUAAUGGUAAACUUGUACAUCCAUCUGACAGAAUUGACAUUCAAGUCUUACACAACAGGGUCAUACUUGAUAUACCAUUCUCUGUUCGUGCUGACGGAGGCAUUUAUAAGCUGACUCUUAAGAAUGAUCUUGGAGUUUGCUCUGCAAGUGCGCAAGUUACAGUCCUUGAUAAACCUUCAAGGCCAGAAAAGCCACUGGUUGUUUCUGAUGUGACUAAAGAAUCCUGCUCACUAUCCUGGAAGGUACCGUUAGACGACGGUGGAUCUCCAAUUUUACAUUAUGUUAUUGAAAAAAUGGAUCUAAGCAGAGGCACAUGGUCCGAUGCUGGUAUGAGUACGUUCCUAUCGCACCAAGUUACAAGACUUAUUCACAUGAAAGAAUAUCUAUUUAGAGUGGGCGCAGUUAAUGCUAUCGGACAAUCUGAACCUCUUGAACUUGAUCGCGCUAUUGUAGCCAAGAAUGAAUUUGAUGAACCGUCAGCACCGGGCAAACCUGAAGCUACAGACUGGAGUAAGAACCACGUUGACUUGAAAUGGGCUGCACCUAAAUCUGAUGGCGGUGCUCCUAUAACAGGAUACAUCGUUCAAAAGAAAGAAAAAGGUAGUCCAUACUGGAUCAACGCAGCCAAUGUACCAUCUAGCCAGACUAAAGCUACAAUACCAGAUCUCGUCGAAGGUCAAGAUUAUGAGUUUAGAGUAAUUGCAGUUAAUCAAGCGGGACAGUCUGAACCAAGUGAACCAUCUGAUAUAAUUACAGCAAAGGACAGAUUUGUUGCACCAAAGAUAAUCACUCCACUUAAGGAAGUCCGCAUUAAGGCUGGCCUUAUAUUCCAUGUGGAUGUCGACUUCAUUGGAGAACCAUUCCCAGAAGUCAAAUGGACCUGUGAUGGUAAACCAGUGGUUACUAACGAGAGGACAACUGUGACCUCAGUUGGUCAUCAUACAAUUGUUCAUACUGUAAACUGCAAGCGAUCGGACGCUGGAAAAUACCACUUGUCACUAAAGAAUGACUCAGGAUCUGAUGAAGGCAGCUUUGAUUUAAUAGUUCUCGAUGUUCCGGGACCUCCACAACCACCAUUCGAAUAUGAGGAGAUAACUGCCCAAUCUGUAACAUUGUCUUGGAAACCACCAAAAGAUAAUGGUGGCAGUGAACUUACCGGAUAUGUUAUUGAAAAACGUGAUUUGACUCACGGAGGUGGCUGGGUGCCAGCUGUCACUUAUAUAAAUCCAAAAUACAAUCACGCCACAGUUCCACGUUUAUCGGAAGGUACCAAGUAUGAAUUUAGAGUGUUUGCAGAAAACUUACAGGGUCGUUCUGAACCAUUGGUGACUGACAAACCUAUAAUUGCAAAGAAUCAAUAUACAGUUCCUGGAAAACCAGGCAAGCCAGAAUUGGUAUCUGCGGAUAAAGAUCACAUUAAAAUUAAAUGGUCAUCUCCGAUUUCCAAUGGAGGGUCUAAUAUUCUUGGAUAUGAUAUUGAAAGACGUGAUAAGGCCACUGGUCGCUGGAUAAAGAUGAAUAGAGAACCAGUUCGAUUUAAUGAAUACCAGGAUGACAGAGUGCAAGAAGGCCACCAAUAUGAAUAUCGUGUGUCUGCGGUUAAUCUUGCUGGACCAGGACAACCAUCAGAUCCAUCAAAUGUAUUUAUUGCCAAACCUAUGAAGGAGAAACCUAAGCUGUGGUUAGAUCACCUUAUUGGUCGUAAAAUUAAGGUUAGGGCUGGUGAACCUAUUAAUAUAAACAUUCCCAUUUCUGGUGCUCCUACACCAACUAUAUCUUGGAACAAGGGAUCUAUACCAUUGGUACCCUCACAUAGAAUCUCAGCAGAAACAAAAUCUGAGGAAACUAAACUUAGCAUUGAAAAAUCAACUAGAGAUGAUGCUGGAAAAUACACAAUAACUGCUUCAAAUGAACACGGCAAAGAUUCAGCCGAUAUUGAAGUUAUAGUUGUUGACAAACCUGGAAUACCGAGGGGUCCACUUGUAUGCACACCAGUUACUCAUGACGCUAUUAGCCUAACUUGGCAACCACCCUCUGACGACGGUGGUAGUGAGAUCACUGGCUACGUUGUUGAAGUUGCUGAAUUCGGUGUUAAUGACUGGCGAACUGUCGCUGGAUUCUGUCCAAAAUGUUCGUUUACAGUUAAAAACUUAACAGAAGGCAAGAAAUACGUAUUUAGAGUUCGCGCUGAAAACUUAUACGGUGUUUCGGAACCACUAGAAAGCAAACCUAUUAUCGCUAAAUCACCAUUCGAUCCUCCAGAUGCACCAGAUACACCCAAGAUAACUGGUUACAGCUCUAACAGUUGUUCACUUGAAUGGGAACCACCAGCAAAUAGCGGUGGUAAACCGGUUACUGGAUACUAUGUUGAAAAGAGAGAACGUGGUGGUGAUUGGGUUAAGGUUAAUAAUUACCCGACACCCAACACGUGUUACACAGUGCAGGACUUGCGCGAAGGAAACCGUUAUGAGUUUAGAGUUAUUGCAGUUAACGAGGCUGGUCCAGGUAAACCCAGCAAACCUACAGAGCCUAUUACAGCGGAAACACAACGACUUAAGCCAAGCGCACCUGAAGCGCCGAAACCAGACAGGAUCACUAAAGACUCUGUCACAUUAUCAUGGAGACCUCCUAAGAGUGAUGGCGGAGCUAAAAUCAAGGGAUACAUUAUUCAACAAAAGGCUAAGGGUGAUAAAGACUGGAAGGAUGUCAACGAUGUUCCUAUCCCUAGCUUGAUUCAUACAGUACCUAAACUUAAAGAAAACGAAGAAUAUCAAUUUAGAGUCAUUGCCGUCAACGAUGUCGGUAAUUCUGAACCCAGCAAACCAACAGCUGAUAUCAAAAUUGCCGAACAACCUAACAAACCUGUUAUGGAUCUUGGCGGAGUUCGAGACAUUACGGUACGAGCGGGUGAAGACUUUUCUAUCCAUGUGCCUUAUAUCGGAUUCCCACAACCAACAGCGUCAUGGUUUGCAGAUGACAAUUUACUUGAUGUUGAACGUGAUUCAAGAAUAUUCCAGAAAAUUACACCUGAUUCCGCUUCACUUGUUGUUAAAAAUGCAAAGAGAUCAGAUGGUGGACAGUAUCGUUUACAACUACGCAAUCCAUCUGGUUACGACACAGCCACCAUCAAUGUUCGCGUCCUUGAUAGACCUGGUAAACCCGAAAACUUGCGUGCAGAUGAAUUUGAAGGUGAAGCACUCACUUUGUACUGGAACCCGCCCAAAGAUAAUGGCGGUGGUGAAAUUACCAAUUACGUUGUGGAGAAACGAGAAGCUCGCACACAAAACUGGACAAAGGUAUCCGGCUAUGUCACGACACCGUUCUUACGUGUAAAGAACUUGACUGUUGGCAAGAGCUACGAGUUCAGAGUUAUGGCCGAGAACCAGUACGGCCAAUCCGACCCUGCUCAAACUACUGAGCCGAUUAGGGCCAGACAUCCAUUUGAUCCGCCAGGAGCUCCGGGUGCGCCGAGGUCUGUGGAAACAACUGAAUCAUCCAUCACUGUCACCUGGACAAAACCACGUCACGAUGGAGGGUCACCUAUUACCGGUUACAUCCUCGAGAAGAGGCUGAUCACUGAGGAUAAAUGGACGAAGGCAUCACACGCUUACAUUCCAGAUACGACAUACAAAGUUACAGGACUGAUUGAAAACCACGAAUACGAGUUCCGUGUUUCGGCAGUUAAUGCAGCCGGCGCAGGUCCAUGGUCACAAAGUUCAGAUGCAAUCCGCGCCUGUGCUCCACCCAACGCGCCGAAAAUUACCAGCGAUCUCAGCCUUAGAGAUAUUACUGUCAUCGCCGGAGAGGAAAUCAAAAUCACCGUGCCUUUCACCGGCAAUCCGAGACCAAAGGUUUCAUGGAUUAUAAACAACGAGGAAGUGUUCCCGGAUAACCGCAUCCGGUUCGUGACCUCUGACAUCGACACGGUGUUCUUUAACUCUUGUGCUAAACGCUCAGACACUGGAUCUUAUACCAUACAGCUUAUUAAUAGUGAAGGGUCUGAUAGUGGAACUUGCAGGGUUUUGGUAGUAGAUAAACCGUCUCCACCGGUAGGCCCAUUGGAAGCAUCAGACAUUACUCCCGACACGUGCACAUUAUCUUGGAAACCGCCACUAGAUGAUGGUGGAUCUCCGAUUACCAAUUACAUUGUUGAGAAGAUGGAUAGCACUGGGGUUUGGUCCAAGGCAUCAUCGUUUGUACGAAACUGCCAUUACAACGUGAUGGGUCUGGAGCCGAAUAAGAAAUACACGUUCAGAGUACGCGCCGAAAACCAAUACGGCGUAUCAGAACCUUUGACUAUGGACGAUUCCAUCACUGCCAAGUUCCCAUUCACGAUUCCGGAUCCACCGGGAGUACCUCGUGUGAUCGAUUGGGAUGGUUCAACUGGCACCGUCGUUUGGGACCGCCCGCGUUCCGAUGGAGGUGCCAGAAUUCAAGGCUACAAGAUAGAAUUCAGAGACGUCCAGGAUAAUAUUUGGACCGCAGCUGACUAUCUCGUUAAAGACUGUAAUUACCAGGCCUACAACCUGGAGCCAGGUCACGAGUACGAAUUCCGCGUACGCGCUAAAAACGCAGCUGGGUUCAGUAAGUAUUCGGCUUCGUCGCAGCCGUUCAAAGUGCGGGCCCGCGCUGGUCCACCUUCUGCACCUCGUUCCCCUCGCGUUUUGCGCGUUGGCAAAAACUACGUCGACUUGGCCUGGGACGCUCCUGCAUCUGAUGGAGGUUCUCGUAUAACCGGAUAUAUUAUUGAGAGACGAGAAGUUGGUAGCUCAGUAUGGCUCAAAUGUAAUGAUUAUAACGUUUUGGAUACAAGCUACACAGCGCUCAGUCUCAGUGAGCGACAGGACUAUGAGUUCAGGAUUAUCGCCGUUAACUCAGCUGGCAAAUCAGAACCUUCAACAUGCACGACGCCUGUCCGCACUGGUGAGGAGGUCGGCGGGGCGAAACCCGAAUGGCUUAAACAGAUGCCACCUACUAUGUGCGCACCCCUGGGCAGACCCUUCACACUGGAGUGCGUCGCUUCUGGCAGUCCUGUGCCCACUGGCCGCUGGCUGAAGAAUGGACGAGAGAUUGUCAUGGGCACAAGAUUUAUUGCGGAGUCUCGUGAAGGAACUCUGAAGUUGAAUAUUCUGGAAGCCACGGAUGCUGAUGAGGGUGAUUACAGCUGUGAAGCCAGCAACAAUCUGGGACACAUCUACUGCACGGCCCAUCUUAAGAUUGGCAAUCCUCCACGCAUCAUUCGCAUGCCAGGUGAUAUGCACCUUCCUGAACACGAAAACACGAAGAUCAAGAUACUAUACACGGGAGAUCAGCCCGCAGAUGUUACUAUCUCCAGAGAUGGCCACAAACUGUCUGAGUCACCGCAUUUCAAGUUCACAGUAUUUGAUGAUUAUAUUCUAAUCUUUAUAAAAGACGUCACUAAGGAUGAUAUGGGAUCCUAUAAGAUAACAAUCAAAAACAAUUCGGGUGAGAUUUCCGACACCUUCUCAAUAACCGUUACCGGUUUGCCCGGACCACCACAAGGACCUCUGGAAGCAACAGACAUAUCAAGACACACCUGCACUCUUGCUUGGAAGCCACCAGCAUACGAUGGUGGAUUACCCAUCACUCACUAUGUUGUGGAAAGAAUGGAUAUGUCUGGCACCACUUGGAUAACAAUUGCUUCUUCGGUUAGAGAGACUAAGUUCACAGUCCAUGGUCUCACUGAAGGCCAAGAGUACAACUUUAGGAUUCACGCCGCUAACGAUAACGGUAUUGGACCUGGCUUGGAAGGUGUUAAUCCUAUUAAGGCCAAAGCACCCUAUGAUCCACCAUCUGCUCCUGGCAUUCCUAAGAUCGUGGAAGUGGGAGGACACUUUGUUCAUCUGGAAUGGGAGAAACCCGAAAACGAUGGAGGCGCUAGAGUACAAGGUUAUUGGGUAGACAAACGCGAAGUUGGUUCGUCCAGCUGGCAGCGUGUAAAUCCAACCCUCUGUGUACCAACACAGCUCAACUGCGCCAAUCUCAUCGAAGGCCGUCAGUAUGAGUUUAGAGUCGUGGCUCAGAAUGAGGCUGGCUUAUCACCUCCCAGCACCAACAGCCAACAGGUCAAGGUCGUUGAUCCUAAAGCUGCCACACCACCUGAGAUUGUUAAGCCUCUGCGUAAUGCCAACUGCAUCCAGUACCACAAUGCCAAAUUCACGUGCACAAUCACUGGAGUACCUAAACCUACGAUCUCGUGGUAUAAGGGCGCCAGGGAAAUAACGAAUGGUCCUCGUCACCGUAUCUGGAGUGAGGGUGAUAAUCACUUCUUGACUGUCAUGGAUGUGUUCGGGGAAGAUGCUGAUGAGUAUGUUUGCAGAGCAGUUAAUAAAGCCGGUGCAAAGAGUACCAGGGCAGAACUGCUCAUUAUGACUGCUCCAAAACUGAACGUACCACCUCGUUUCCGUGACACUGCAUACUUCGACAAAGGCGAGAAUGUUGUUAUCAAAAUACCUUUCACUGGACAUCCUGUACCAAAGAUCACGUGGGUGAGAGAAGGAGAGACUAUUGAGUCAGGAUUACACUAUCAUGUUGAGAGGAAAGAACGUCACGCUAUUUUGACUAUCCGUGACGCCAGUAAGAUGGACUCUGGACCGUAUAGGAUCACGGCUGAGAACGAACUCGGCCAAGAUUCUGCGACCAUUAAUAUUGAAAUAAGCGACCGUCCUGAUCCACCACGAUUCCCAGCUGUUGACAAUAUUGGCGUUGAAUCGCUGGCUUUGUCCUGGAAGGCGCCUGUUUGGGAUGGCGGUUCAGAUAUCACGAACUACCUGGUGGAGAAGAGGGAACAUCCCAUGUCAAGCUGGAUAAGAGUUGGAAAUACCAGGUUCACAACCAUGGCCAUAACCGGUUUGGCAGCGGGCAAGCAGUACGAGUUCAGAGUGUACGCUGAGAAUAUCUACGGAAGGUCUGAACCCAGUGAGCCCACUAGCUUGGUACAAACCAAGGCAAUUGUCAAGAAAGAGUUCAAGAAGAAGGAAUAUCCAGUUGACGAAACCGGCAAACGCAUCCGCACCAACGCCGAUCAUGGUCCAGUUAAGGAUUACGACAGCUACGUCUUUGACAUCUACAGCAAAUACGUGCCACAGCCCGUGGAGAUUCGUACUUGCUCUGUAUAUGACAAGUAUGAUAUUUUGGAGGAGAUUGGCACAGGCGCGUUUGGUGUUGUACAUCGCUGCAGAGAGAGGGCAACCGGUAACAUCUUCGCUGCCAAAUUCAUACCUGUAUCAGGUGCGAUGGAAAAAGAACUUAUUAAGAAGGAAAUUGAUAUUAUGAACCAACUACACCACAGGAAACUCAUCAACCUUCACGACGCGUUUGAAGAUGACGAUGAAAUGGUUCUGAUAUUCGAAUUUUUGUCUGGCGGCGAAUUAUUUGAGCGUAUCACGGAGCCUGGCUACAGUAUGAGUGAGGCUGAAGCAGCUCACUACAUGAGACAAGUUUGUGAAGGAGUAAGACACAUGCAUGAACAGAAUAUACUCCACUUGGAUCUCAAGCCAGAGAACGUGAUGUGUACUACACGAACCGGUACUGAUGUUAAGAUUAUCGACUUUGGCUUGGCCACCAAGUUAGAUCCCAACGAAGUGGUGAAGAUUUCUACCGGUACAGCUGAAUUUGCUGCUCCAGAGAUCGUUGAAAGAGAACCCGUGGGCUUCUACACUGAUAUGUGGGCCGUCGGAGUGCUGUCAUACGUUCUUCUGUCCGGUCUAUCACCUUUCGCUGGUAACAACGACAUCGAGACCUUGAAGAAUGUCAAAGCCUGUGACUGGGAAUUCGAUGAAGAAGCCUUCCAACACGUAUCUGAUGAUGCAAAGGACUUUAUACGAAGACUGCUCGUUAAGAACAAGGAGAAACGUAUGACUGCCCACGAAUGUUUGGCUCACCGCUGGCUGGCGGGUGAUGCUGCAGCAGCACGCACCGCCACGAUACAAGCACGAAGAUACGAGAGGAUGAGGGAUAGAUUACGUGAGAAAUACGAGAACUGGUCGUCAUUCGUUUUGCCGAUCGGUCGUCUAAGCGAGUACAGCUCUCUACGCAAACUGCUAAUCGAGAAAUGGAAGAUAUACGACGGACAAUUCGAUCGCCGUCAAGCCGCUCCUAGAUUCGUGAUUCGUCCUCAAUCCGCCUUCUGCUACGAGGGUCAAUCGGUGAAGCUGUACUGCCGCAUCAUAGCUCUGGCUGCACCAACUGUCACCUGGUCUAAGAACAACCGCGAGCUCAGGCAGUCCGUUAAAUAUAUGAAGAGGUACGCUGGAGACGAUUACUACUUCAUCAUCAACCGCGCCAGGUUGGAAGAUCGAGGAGAGUAUGUGAUCAGGGCUGAGAAUCAUUACGGAUCAAGGGAGGAGGUUGUCUUCUUGAAUGUACAACCGGUUCCCAAAGUACAACGCCAACCACCAGCAGAGGCACCUCGUCGUCGCGAAGCCCUUCCUUAUACCUUCUGGCAAGAACACAGUGAAACAGCACCAUCAUUCACCUUCCAACUGCGACCACGUGUUAUGCAGGCCAGAGACACUUGCAAGCUGCUCUGCUGUCUGAGCGGAAAACCAACACCUACUGUCAAAUGGUUCAAGGACAAACGCGAGCUGUCCAAAUACGACUACUCUAUGUCGCAAUCUGAUGGUGUUGUGACGAUGGAGAUCGUUGAUUGCCGUCCAUCAGACAGUGGACAGUACUCAUGUGUAGCGACCAACAUACAUGGAACAGAUGAAACCAGCUGUGUCGUUAUUGUCGAGGGUGAAGUACAAUCAGAAGAGCAAGCAGCGUUAGCCCACAAUCUUCUGUACUCCGGAGAGAGACGUUAUAUUGAGAAGCCACUAAAACCAGCCCCACCACCAAUAAUAACUAAGACUAAGGUGACCAUCGAUCCACCAAGCAAAUCAGGACUUAGACCGAAGUAUUCGCCGCAGACUUCAAUGGAGGCUAGCAAAAAUAAAAAGUAUGGCGCUAAAUUGGAAUCAGACGCCGGCUCUAGGUCUAGAAGCGCUACUAAGGAAUUAAUAUUACCGGCGUCUGAUGCGUCAAUGUCAUCUCCUCACUUCGCACGUUCGUUGCCCGACUCAUGCAGUGCGCGUGACGGGGCGCCACUGUUGUUAUCUUGUGCAGUCCGCGGGGAUCCCCCGCCGUCUGUGGCCUGGUUCAAAGAUGGACGACCACUCGUCUCGUCUGAGGUGGUUGAUCUGAAGUAUAAGAACGGCGUGGCCUCCCUUGCCAUUAACGAAAUAUUCCCUGAAGAUGAAGGUGUGUACUCACUGAAAGCGACCAACAGUCAGGGAGAGGCCGAAACUAAAUGCCAAGUGUCUGUCAAAGGAACAGCUGAUGUAGCCGCUAUCAAAGAUUCUCCACCCAGGAUAGUAGACCACGCGAUCUCACAGAUCGUUGACGACGGACAACCUGUCACACUUUCUUGCAGAAUCGCGGGCGCAGAGCGUUUCGAUGUAGUCUGGCUACACAACAACAAAGAAAUCAAACCAUCGAAAGACUUCCAAUACUCGAGCGAAGCUAACAUCCACAAAUUGCACAUCGCUGAAAUAUUCCCCGAAGACGCCGGAGUUUACACCUGCGAGGCUUUCAACGACAUGGGCGAAUCAUUCUCGUGUUGCACGCUAGUAGUACGCGCGGGAGAAACACCUCCACUCAACUACACAGCCUUCCCAGCAUCUGCCACUGUCGCAUCAGGCGAACCAGCUAUCUUCAGCGCUGAGUUGGACAAGCCACCACUCCAACUCAACUGGCUGAAGGACGGAAAGCCGAUCGACGAAUCAUCGAAUAGAUAUAGAUUCACUAUGGAAGGCACGUCCCGCUAUCGUCUGGAGAUUGUGAAGUGCAACGCUGAUGACAGCGGUCAAUAUCAAGCCCGCGCCGUCGCCUCCAAAGGAGACUUCCUAGCCGCGUUCUAUCUUAACGUAGUCGAAAAUUAA